GGUCGGAAGCCAUUGGGUUGUAUCCCGCACACUAGAAUUCGGAUUCCCGCUAAUGUAUCCCCUAAAGUUCAAACUUUUAAAACCCAAAAUCCCUCCAAUUCCAAACGUUAAUCCCUCUCUUUCAAAAGUCUUGUUGCCGCGCCACCCAACCCAUUGUAUUGUAUAAACAACAGCCCUUUAAUUGAAUUUAACCCUCUCUUUUCUUUACUUCUCUCCCUGCGUGCCUCCAUUUCUCAAUUCAAUAGUCCCAAAUUGCACCAUCUCAAAUUAAAGCUCCACAAACGAUGCCUUUAUCAUCUAAUGAAGCCCCCACGGAAUCCUCUUGUAGGCACCAUACUUACAGCCGGAAACAGAAAUCUCUUGGUCUACUUUGCACUAAUUUCUUGAGCUUGUAUGAUAAAGAUGGCAUUGAAGUGAUUGGUCUUGAUGAUGCUGCCUCCAAAUUAGGUGUUGAGAGACGACGGAUCUAUGAUAUUGUUAACGUUCUAGAGAGUGUUGGAGUUCUGUCAAGAAAAGCAAAAAAUAAGUAUACAUGGAAAGGAUUUGGGGCUAUUCCCAAAGCUUUACAGGAAUUGAAGGAAGAGGGUCUGAAGGAAAAUUUAAGUAGUUUUGAUAAUAAGCAGCCUAGCAACAAUUGUGAGAAAGCAUCAGAUGAUGAAAACGAUGAUGAAGAUGAUUGCGAUUCCAAUCCUAACACAGGAAGCCAGAAUUCAAUUCCUAGUGGCAUUUCCAAAUCAACUGCUGCAUCAAGAUUUGAUAAUAGAAAAGAAAAAUCGUUGGGACUCCUGACACAGAAUUUUGUCAAGCUAUUUUUGUGCUCUAAAGCGGAUCUAAUCUCCCUCGACGAAGCUGCGAAACUACUGCUUGGCGAUGCUCACAAUUCAUCAAUAAUGCGAACAAAAGUGAGGCGGUUGUAUGAUAUUGCGAAUGUGUUAUCUUCCUUGAAACUUAUUGAAAAGACUCAUACGGCAGAGUCCAGGAAACCUGCGUUCAGAUGGUUGGGUUUGAGAGUGAAAUCUGAAAGCGGAUCUGCUGAUGCCUUGGCCGAGUCUAGGAAGAGAAGAUUUGGAGUUGACGUUACUAACAUUUGUAUUAAAAGAAACAAAGUGGAUGGUUCCUCAGCUGAUGCGGAUAAAAGCGAGAGCUUAAAAAUGCACGGCCAAAUUAAAGUUGAAGAUGUAUUAACUAUAGCUGAUAGAAGCAGUGUGGGUCAAGAUGCACAGCAGGGCUCAAAGAGUUAUCAGUUUGGGCCAUUUGCUCCUGUCACUGUGGCCAAACUUGGCGACUCUGAGAACAAACAGACUCCAACUCAUGAUUGGGAGAGUCUUGCGGCUACUUAUCGCCCUCAGUAUCACAACCAAGCUUUGAGAGAACUAUUUGCCCACUACAUGGAAGCAUGGAAAUCAUGGUACACAGAAGUUGCUGGGAAGAAACCAAUAGAACAGAUCUCCUGAGAUUUCACCUCUCCAUUUCCUAAUGAGCUCCGAAUAACCUGCAUAGUUAUGGACUCACUACUUUAUUAUUUCAUAAUCUUUUUCAUACUUUUAGGGGGCAAAGAAGAGAUGUGGCCUUAUUGUGUGUGCCCAUCCUCCGGAGAUUCCAUUUAGUGUAGUGUUCAGAGACGUUACACAUUUUCUCAAUGUGUAGCACCCGAUUACGUGCUUGACUGCUGCACAUUAACCUUCAAAGUGUAUCGGCUGUUGUAUCCAAAUCCAAGCAAGUAUACAAGAAAAUUUAACCUUUUUCAA